UUCCGAGAACGCGCCCGUCCUGGCGUGUUUCCCCCGCGCGCUGGUGGCUGUGGUGCAGCCCAAGGCGGAAGCGGCUCCCGACCCACCUGGCUCGCCAGCGCGCAGCUAUGGCCGCGGGCGUCCCCUGUGCUCUUGUCACUAGCUGCUCGUCCACCUUCUCCGCAGACCGGCUGGUGCAACAUAUCCUUGGGACAGAAGAUCUUACUGUGGAAGUGACUGCCAAUGAUGCUGUGCGAUUUUAUCCCUGGACCAUUGAUAAUAAGUACUAUUCAGCAGACAUCAAUCUAUGUGUGGUGCCAAACAAAUUUCUCAUCACGGCAGAGAUUGCAGAGUCUGUCCAAGCAUUUGUGGUUUACUUUGACAGCACUCAGAAGUCUGGUCUUGAUAGUGUUUCCGCAUGGCUCCCACUGGCAGAAGCGUGGUUACCUGAGGUGAUGAUCUUGGUCUGCGAUAGAGUGUCUGAGAAUGGUGUAAGCCGGCAAAAAGCUCAAGAAUGGUGUAUCAAACAUGGCUUUGAAUUGGUAGAACUUAGUCCAGAAGAGUUGCCUGAAGAGGACGAAGAUUUCUCUCAAAGCAGGGGGUGUGAGAGAAGUAGGUGGGCCCUAGUGAGAAGAGUGUGGUUGAGUAUUGUAUUAAAAAACCAUAGGAACCAAGGCUUUGGCCUUCUCAGCUCACUGGCUGGAGCACACCGUGGCGCUGGGGCGGCAGAGAGCUGUCACUCAGAGCAGCCCCGUUUGCCAGCAGCAGAUAGGACUGAAUGCCUCUUGGAUCACCGGGGUGGUGCAUCUAACACAACAGAUACUCAGGUUGAUAGCACUGUGGAUCCUGUGUUAGAUCUGGAUAUUCAAGAAUUAGCCAGUCUUACUACUGGUGGAGGAGAUUUGGAGAAUUUUGAAAGACUGUUUUCAAAGUUAAAGGAAAUGAAAGACAAGGCUGCGACGCUUCCUCACGAACAAAGAAAAUUGCAUGCAGAGAAGGUGGCCAAAGCGUUCUGGACGGCGAUCGGGGGAGACAGGGAGGAAACUGCGGGCCUUUCAUCUGAUGAGGAGUACUGAAGCGCUCACGCCAGGGCUUAACGAAGAGGCUCGCUCUGCCUGAGACACUGCCCUUCUCAGUUGUUUUUGGACUCUCGCUGAGCUUCCCAUCAUCAUGUUGCCCUCCCGACUUGUUUAUAUAGGAUCCUCUUAAUUUUAGUUUUUAGUAGGAGGUUAAGGAGGAAUCUUUCCUUCCUCAGUUAUAACGGAGUGAAGAGUAAAAUGACAGCAAGGAGGGAGAACUUUGCAAGUACACUUCUUUGUUCCAGGGACAGGAGUGUGAUGAGGCUCAGAGGGCCGUGUGCUUUGCCCGCUCAAGAAGGAAACCACCACGCCACUCCCGGGCCUCUGGUGUGGCCUUCCCCGCACUCGCACUGUGCUGCCUCAGAUCGAGCACUCGGGCCGCCUUCCCUGGUGGUCUGGGUUUUCUGCGUCCAGGGAGCUUGCUGCGCUGAGCUUUGAUGCGUCUGAGGGGGGAAGAGAAGCAGCAGCCCGUUGGAUGUGUGCUAGUGGGGCCAAAGUCAGUGGCCCUCGGGUUAGUCUCCAGCUAAGAAAGGCUCUGGGCAUUUCAUUUAAAGUAGUGUCUGAGUUCAUGAUAAAUGCAUUGAGCAAGCAGUGUGAAUUUUUAGACUAUAAUAAAUGAGGCAAAGGUGUCCACCCUGAUAGGAAUAAAACAAACCCCUCCAUGAAGUUGUUAGGGUUGGGGGUAUAAGAGAGAGAAACAAAGAAUUCCCUGGGUGAGCCAUGGAAAUGCUACAUGGGCACGUACUGAGAGCUGUGCGUUAGUGCUUCCAUGAAGAAAUUCUUCUUCCUUAGCAUUUCCCUCGCUGUUGAGAUGUCAGAGCUGUGCUGUGCUGUGUCAUACUCUGUACCCUCAGAACAAGGCACGUUUUCUCUCUGAAAGCCAAACAGAACCCUGCCAAACUAGUACCACUGAGGAGAGGGCAAGGCGGGACAGGCUGUGAGAUGUCAGGCAGCCAAGUCCUUAGUGCCCUGAGUUACUUCCUGGGCUGAGGUAGGUGAGCCCCAGGGGAACUGAUCAGGAAAGUUUCCAAAGGAAGAGAGGGAAAUAACAGCACAUAAAAUUCCUUCUUUCUCUUUUUGUAGACACUUGAUAGUGCCUGUCAUUAGCCUUCACUGUGGUAGUCAUUGCCACGGCUCUAACGUGGCACGGGGCUGAGGGCUGCCCGGGUAGGCCUAGGUCACUAGAAGAAACGAGUUUCAGACCCUCCUUGCCACCAGCAUCUAAGGACUGCUGACCCUGAAACAGAUGGCAGAGUGAGUGGAACGCUCCAGGAAGCAGGCCGGGGUGGCCACAGGAGGGACGGUUUCAGUGGCUGGAACGUUCAAGAAGAGCCAUUCCAGGGUACCUUGCAAGUUCUCUUUGGUGACUUUUUCUUAACCUCUUUUUUUUUUUUUUAAACUAUUCUGAAGGUCUUUGAGACUAAUUUGUCCCAUCAGUGUUUCUUUGAGGUGACUAUAUAAGCCAUUGAUUAGGAAUGUAAGGGAAGUUGGCUCUGGGGUUGUAAAAUGAAAGAUAGAACAUGUUUUUCUUAAGCCAUGAAAGGUUUCAGAAAAUUAGGUCAUAUGGUUAGGAAAAACAGACUCGAAGAAGCUGUGAACUUGAUUUUGUGAGCUAAACAAAGUCAGGUGAUUAAAAUGUGAUUUAUUUAUAAAGUC